UGAUUGCUCUGCUCCUCUUCCCCCCAAGUCCCUCCUCACUCCCCCACAUCCUUGCCCUGAGCAGAUGCCUACUGUGAAGUGUUCCAGGGGGUUCCAGUUGAAGGACCUAGGGAAUGCUGGAGUUCUGUGCAGGGAGGUGUUGAGAGGUCUGUGUGCAUCUGACUAUUGUGAGCUGUCUUCCCCUAUUGGCUCUGAAGAGCCUAUGCUGAGCUGGGUCUGCAUGACAGGGGGAGGCUCCGUGUCAAUAAAAAGAGGGGGAAACAGGCAUCAGAACUCCAGUUCUGAGGAGGACGCACGCUGUCCAUUUGCAGCCCCUGUCGCUGCUGCAGUGAGGAAGGCUGCCAAGGAAGGACAGAUCCUUCCCCUGACCCCAGGGACAAGACCACACUGAGCCUUGCAAGAAACCUGCUGGAUUGGACCUGCCUGUGUCAUCGGAAAGCACACCUACUGUGGGAAGGUCAUUUAUCUCCAAGCACUCAGUGCAGAUAAAGCCUGUGUGGGGUAGUCGGUACAGGAACAGAAGGUGUUUCCAGAACAAAAUGGAGUGGCAGGUCUUGAUUCUUACUCUGUGCCUCAGCACAUUUCCCUCAGUCUCUACAGAUUGCCCAGCCCAGUGCUCCAUGUGUGCUGUACAAACUCAAAACCUGGACAAGCCCAUCAACCCACUGACGUGUUUCCUGGAGUGUCAGACCAUCCUGCCGUCUAACACGGAAUGGGAGAAGUGUAAGAGCUUUCUGUCGCUAUUCACUCCUUUUAUGUUGGGCCUUCGUGGGAAAGGCGAGGUUGGAGACAUGUCGGUGGCCUCUGAAGAACUAUAUGGUGAGCAGGAUAAGCCCUACCCAGGGCUCGCCAAGACCAUGGAGAAGUUUGCCAACGUCCUGGUGCAGGAGAACGCCCACGGCAGAGGCCCGAGCCACAAAUACGGGGCACUCCUCCCCAGGCUCGGUGAACAGGCGGUGUCCGAGAUGAUGGAAGAUUCGCAGCAGUACCACAGAGCCUUGGAGACCCGAGAGCCGGGCUACCCUAGCGAGGACGCAGCGGCCGCUUCGGCAGGAAGCCCAAAGGAUGAGAUGAAACGCUACGGGGGCUUCCUGCGCAAGUAUCCCAAGAGGAGCUUCGAGGUGGCCGGGGCCGGUGACGGCCAGGAGCAGGAAGACUUGCACAAACGCUACGGGGGCUUCAUGCGAAGAAUCCGCCCCAAGCUCAAGUGGGACAAUCAGAAGAGGUACGGAGGCUUCCUUCGGAGGCAGUUCAAAGUGGUGACGCGGUCCGAGGAAGACCCCAAUGCCUACUCAGGGGAAGUCUCUGGCCUGUAGAGUCUCCCCUCAGCCCUCAGCAGAAAUAAGCUUGGAGCUGAUCUACUUCUUGUCUGGACUAAUUACACCAUACCUAUACACCAUGCUUGGCUGCAUAUUCUAUACAGAUGGAAGGUCCAAGCCCACUUCAGUGGUACCCAGUCUGUCCAGGUCCUGGCGGUGUCUGUGUCUGAGCUUAGCAGCAGGGAGAGGCAUGUUGGUUUCAAUCUCAUCUUCCAUUCAUUUCUGAAUCUCACUGUGGUGGAACUGAGAUAUUUUAUCCUUGUGGUACCAAAACAGACUGACACAGACAGACAGAUACACCCCCACACGCAAGAAACAAAAAGUACCCGAUACCCCCAAACCAGUGGAUUUUGAUCUUUUCCCCCCUUAGAAUACCUUACCUGUAAGGGACCAAUGUAUCUUCCUCCUGUACAAAGCCCCUUAGCAGACACCUGUGAGUGCAGGCACUCCCAUCUCCUAAAUGAUUGGGCCAAAGAGUGUGUAUUCCACUUCAUGGGCACCUGACAAAGAGCUUUUAGGACCCAGCCCUUGUUGCCCCCAAAACCUUCUGGGAAAUGUAGUCUGAGUCUGAUAGAACAGUACUUGCCUAUCCAGACACUCUUACAUUAUAUAUAUAUAUAUAUAUAUAUA